AGUCAUGUCAGCCCACAGUGUUUUAAAGCUAGAGCUAGGUAUUGCCUGUGUUUCUUUUUAAAAACUGUGUCACAGCAUUUGCUGAUGUAUCGAUACAGAAGCAUCAGUAUACACAUAUCAGCAAGGAAUACAUGACGAUAUAUUUCUGGAUCAAUAUUUUGAGAAAAGCCCUAUUUAGAUCCUUGUUCCAUGUGCCCCUUUUAUACUUUGAGCACCUGCCCUUCCAAAGGUCUCUGCACGGCCCUGGUGAAGCUAUACAGGGGAUACGUUGUUGUAUAUUUAUAAUUGGUUGAAUUGAAUCAGUGUUAUGCACAGGCUGCAAAAUUUGUAUAUACAAACUGAAUUUAUUGUUGGUUUGGACAUCAGAACUCUGUGGUGUAAUGUUGUAGUGUUGUUGGAUUGACAUUUAAUGCAAUUGUAGCCCAUUGGAAUAAGAUUUUUCUUAAAAUUUUCUUUCUAGUUCUGUUUUCCAUAAUCUGUGUAUUACCUGCAGUAGAUGGCAGUCAGUGCGUCCCCAAUUUGGAGAAACAGAGUUGUGCCGGUACAGAACCAAUGUACUGCAAUGGAUCAGCAGCAAAAAAUGUUUUAGCCACCUAAAAGAUGGCCAGUCCUCUGGCAUAUUCAGAACAACUUCAGCAAAAAAUCUGAAACGUGAAUCGUCAACAACCAACACAAAGGACAUGAAGGAAAAGACAAAUCAAAUGUCAUGUUACAAAGUUGGCUAAUUACUGUUGUUAUUUGACCAACUGAUGUCACAAGUUUGCAUGUUUUCAAUUGUAAUGUAUUAGAUCCUAUAGAUGACAUAACACAUUUGCAUACAUCACCUCUUUCUUAUUGGAAAUACACUAUUGUGCAAAUGCCCACUGAUGCCUGACACAGACCAUUGACGGACUUUAUGGUGUGUGCCGCACCCUGCAAUAGUUUUCAUUCAAAAUAAUUGUACCAGUAUGCCUCCAUACCUUUAUCUCAUCAGAACUUCAGCAGCAGCACUUCUCUUCAUCUUGAGCAAGAAUGCAAAGCCUGCUUGAUCUGCCAACGCUGCUGGCUGCCACAUGGAAGAGACCGUGGCUGACGAAGUCUGUUGUGCAGAGAAACCAACAUGGUGCAGAGACUGCGCCUGAGACUUAUUCACGGUCAUGCCCAAGCAGGGUCUCACCGGAAACUACCAGCACCGCAGAGUGGAUGGGAAGCUGUUGUCAGAUGGCCACAGGAUGAUGUGAGAAAUGUACGCCCUGCGUUGACACCAACCACAGACUUUGCAACCAAGAAUUACACCCGCCAAUUGUGAGGUUGAUCGAAUGAACGGUCUUCAUACAUACAAGGACACAUACAUAGAGAGAGAACGAGAUUACUUACAUUUUAGACAGAUGACAGAUAUAAUGCUGAAUGCAGGGUUGAAUGACUGAAUGCAGUAUAUAUUUUUUGAAGUGUGGUAUUUUGUUGUUGUUUAUUUACACUCCAAAUAACAUAGUAUCUGCAUGCUUGGCCAAGCCCUUAUCCGUAAGUCCGAGGGAUGAUGUGUCCUUGUGCUUCUUCGUCUGCCUUUGAAGUUUUAGGUUAAGCCUUUGUAUGGAAGUGUGUGUGUGUGUGUGUGUGUGUGUGUGUGUGUGGAAGAAGAGGCUGGCCCUGUGCCCCUGUGUAAUCCUGUUAAGCACCUGGACAAUGGAGGAACAGCUGGGUUGGCCUUCCUGCUCUCUGCUGCAUCGAGUGGAGGAGAGGAUGAUGUGUACAGUAUUCAGAUGGAGAACCAAAAAGAGAAAAAGAUGGGCAAAUCGAAGUAUUUAUUGAUCUAUCUGUUUUAUCUAUCCUCCUCCCUCCUUCGGGUCACCAGUGAUGCUCUCUUGGCCCUGGCGCUCCAUCCAUCCUCAUGGUUAAAUACUGGCACAGAUGUUAUGGAAAGAUUGAGAGGCCCACUUGUGCCAUUAGUCCGGCAGCAGGGCCUGGGAACAGCAGGGGAAGACUUCUCUAAUCAGUUUUAUUGGAGCUAUGCUAUUGGAGUAACACAACAGGGACAGGCCCAGAGCUCAACAACACUCCAGUGUAAAUAUGUGUGUGUGCAGACUGGGGGUUUGCGUGUAUGUUUAUAACCUAAGGCUAUAGCACAGAAAGUAAUGUCUCUCUACCUCUCUGUCUGUUUGUGGAACCUGAGACUCAGCUAUGUGGCAGAUGAGCAUUAAUGGCAACGAGACUAAUACUACGUCUACACUACUACACUUUUGUUAAAAAACUGAGUUUUAAAAUGAGAACGAUCUCUGUCCACACCAGCGUUUAGCUGCGUUUAGAAAGGUACAAACCAGUGUAGACUAGUUACACCUCGAAAACCUUAUUUUGGUUGUGAGUAACUGCCACUCUAGGUGAAUGUCUUUCAGUGAAACAAAGCUCUUCCAUGCUUCAUAGGCUGAUUGUAUUCAAGUUGUUCAAAUGUCAAAGAAAAAAGCCAGUGAAGGAAAUCUGUGUCCCAGUGCCUCAGGACAAGUUCACUUCAUGGGCUACUUGACCCUGCAUGGCCAACGUGGUGUGAGGUCAGCUGGUCAGACGCCAGUUUGGCUGCUAGCUUAUUGAGUAAAGAGGCUGUCAGGGUUUCAUAUUCCCCCCCGGCCAUGCUGCACUGUGGUGGUUAAGUUUCUGUAUACUGAAUAGUGAGCAAAGCCUGUGGGUGUCUGGUCACAAUGGUUCAAGGAGGAUCCUGAAAUGUUGCCAUUUGCUUUUCUAAAUAGGCCUGUUAAAUGGAGCAAUGAAAAAGAAAGUGUUAGCGACUGAUUCAACAGUGAUUUGACUCUUUUUUAUGGCUGCCUCAGUUCAUUUGACACCAAGCUCUGAAUGGUUUCAUUAUCACAUAUGUGUGAGAAUUUGUGUGCAUGUGUCUACCUCGCUUUAACUGGCUGCUCAAAGGGGACAUGAUUAAGAUUGGACAUUAAAACACUGUUCUCACAACAACUCACUAAUGAAAGAUUUUUGCCCAACUGGCACUGGCAAAUUAUGAACAAAAAGCUCCCUCUGUGUUUUAAAAAAAAAAUGGAUCCCAGUUUAGUUGUUCUUUUCCUUACUUUUGUGUGCUGAAUUGCCUUUUGUUUCUCUUUAUAAUUCUGCUCAUAAUUUGAUAAUUAAAUGACUGGAAUCAGUCUGGCUUUUUUUGUUUUUACAGAGUCAGUCAUUUUGCUUCAACAAUCAGGAUCAGGAGACAAUGAGUGGAGGAGAGAUAGUCAUUAGAAGGAUUGGAUUUGAACGCUGGCCUCCUACAAAGUAAUUAGACAGUAAUGAAUAGUUACAAUGUAAUUACUAGAACAAAAAACAGAAUAGGACACCGCUUUUCAAUUACCAUCACGUACCAUCCUUUCCCCUCGGCCUUUAGCUCCGUGCUGUAAGUAGCACUCUAAUCAUGUUUUUACCUAGAGGAAUGGUUCAGAGUGUUAAAUAAUAUAUGGGUUAUGGCUAUUGAGAGCAAUGUGUGGGUCGCCCUCAGGCUCUUCUUACGCCAUUGGCUUUGAGACGCCCAGCUGUCUACUCUAGCAAAAAUGCUGCUGUUUUGUAUUGAUUUCCACAUGUGCGUGCUAACUAAAACUCACAUUAAAAACAAAGCCACAGGUGGCUGAAAAGUGAUUAAAUCUUUCUGAGCAAGCUAAGCUGCUAAUUGAAGAUUGACAUUAGAAGCUAUUAGCAAGUUUUCUACUUUAGUCAAAACAAAAGUGCUGCAAGCAUCACAUCUCUGUUUCCGAUACCUGUUUCCAUGAAACACAAUCUGGUGCUGUUUUUGAACAUUGUAACCCUUAAGAGGCAUAAAUGAUAUUGCACAAAGGGCACUCUCAGAUCAUCAUAAACCCAAGAUUUAUGAGUCCUGGAAGUGUUUUCAGUCUGCCUGCUGAUGUGUUUAAAGGCAGCUUUGUAAUAGAAAGAGAGAGAAAAAGUUUGCACGGGUAACUUACUGAACAGCAGUUUGUUGGUAUUCUGCAGGGCAAGCCUUUGAGCACCGACCAAAUGCGUGAUCAUCGUUCCUGAUUAGAUCAGCUCUCCACCCAUGACGCACUGCUCCGUCUGUCGUCAAGGAUACUGUGGCCUUUGAACAUCUCAAUGAAGGAUUCACGCAGCUGUAAUUACCUGCUAUACCGAGAACUCUGACUGCUUUCUGAAUUUUCUUUUUCAAAGUUUAUACUCAGAUUGACUUUAGAUUCAAUACUGAAACGAUUCAGAGCUUACCUAACAAGUUUGUAUCUUUAGAGAGGAACGUGCAAAGUGGCCAAUUUUCUUUCAAUCACAGCCAUAUAGGACAUUAUGCUAAUGUCCUAUAUGGCUGUGAUUGAGGCUUCCUUUGAAGUGCAAUACUUUCCCCCUGCAGUAAGCUAUUUUUGGUUAAUCUUUGACUCAUAUGAAAUGACUGCAUACAGCCGUUUGAACCCACCUCAGGCCCCCUCAACCUAAAGUUAACUACUUGUUCAAGAACAUAUUGAACAUGCAACCGUACAGGUAUGACACCACUCUGCUACUGCAUUGCCAGUCCAGUUAUCUCUCUCCAGUCUCUUAAAGUUAUACGAGUCUCUUCAUUUUUAUAUGAGAACAUGAGCCAGACAUCUGUCCAGUGUCUCAUGUACACAGACACUACAGAACAGCAUGAUGAAAUGGAGGAGAAGGGGCAAAAUUGUAGAGAUGAUGGAAAGUGGGUGAUAUGAACAAUAAAAAGGAUGGUGAUAGGCCAUAAAUGACCACAAUGAUGAUGUCACCUUCAGUAAAAACGUUGUGCAUCUCAGAUUUUCGUUGUGGAUGUGUGGAUGUGGCUUUGUGUGUUCUGGACACACGUUUGGCUCUUUGUAUGUGUGUCCGUCAGCGAAUUAUGAGUUUAGGGAUGGUCACAGUGGCACUUUAAUCAGAGUCUGGUAAGAUAAUUAAUCCUAUACUCAGACAGCAAACAUCAGCGCUGGAAAAGAGUGGGACAGACGGACAGAAGAGACAAAUAUAAGAACCAUAAAGUUCAUCAGGUGGUGAUGUCACCCCUGAAAAGUCACAUUCGGAGGUCAGCAGAGAAAGAGGUGACCUCAUCAGAAGGGGACAAGAAUGGUUGAGAGAAAGGGUUAAGUGUUAUCUCGGGGGCUGUAUCUGGAUCUGCUCUGACGCCCUUGACUGAACCAUUAUGGUCCUUGUACCUGCAUGACUGGUGAUAAGAAGGAUGACGCAUCUGUGCUCUCCGCUCUUAGUCUUAGCAGUGACAGCCAUUGUGUGUAUCUGCCUCUUGACUGGAACUUCAGUUUGCCAUAACACAGUGUAUACUGUUAGUCAGUGCACUUCAUGUAUUUCAUUAUAAAAUAAAUUAUGCUACAGUAUGAAAUGUACUGACCUUUUGUAUAGAAAGAAUGACCCAAACGUAUACUAGGAACAAUAACGCUUGAGUUUAGAAAAUAUGCAGUACAAUAUAAUGUUAACCACUGAGUGAGUUCCACGCUUCCCAUUAUGACGCUGAAGGCUGUCCUUGCAAUAGACUGUACUUCCCCCAGGACAAUACAAUAUGUUCCUACAGGUAGUUUGAUCUUAAUACACGUUUCUUUCUAUUUGACAGGAGACAAAACACAAACAAGAUUUAUGUAGGCAUAUCCAGGGGAAUAAGCAAAGGUUACUAUAUGUUCAUUUAUACUGAAAAUAUAUAUUAUAUAUUAUGUUAUAUAUAUAUAUAUUAAAAUUGAACACUCUUUCCUAGAAAUUACUUUUGUACUAAUUUGUUUUCCCAAUUACAUUUUCAAUGUGUUUUCGGGAGAAGGAAGUGUUAUUUUUCUGUACCACAUGCAAGUUGUAUGGAGGUUGUUAGGUGGAUGGCUUACAAAGUACAGGACUUUGACACUGAUGACCAGGGUUCAUGUGUGGUUGGUUCUAUGUAGUAAGGUUUAGGCUACUUUAGACAAUUUUGUUAGAGGUAAGAACUCAGAUAAAGUCAAAAUGGAAACCAGCAUAUUCUUGAUAUUUAAUAAAUAAUCACAAUAAUGCACCAAGAAAUGCACCUUAAAGUGUUCACAUAAAAAAGCAAUAAAGUAAUAGUAUAAAUAAGAAAAAGACUUGGUUUGACUUGUGUACUCAAUACAGUGGGUAUUGAACAUGAACUAAAAGUAAUGUCUAGUGGAAAUUAGCGCUAAUGCCAGGUCCACUAACUGGGUAGUAGCUAGUAGUUAGCCUAGCUUGCUAGCUCCCACCUUCCACCUGAAAUAUAAACUUAAAAGCACAAUGACUCCUCCCAAAUUUUUAAUGUUAUAAAGGGAAAGGGGUCUUAACAAGCAACUGUACAUAACCAGCGCUAUGUGGGCCUUUUGAAAAAGGGGAAAAACUAUCUUCCCAUAUCACUAUUCAUAGUUUAAACAGGGCCAUGAAUAUAGUGUUUCCUGUCAACACAGUUUUUUCAAUUGUCAGUGACUGACAACUCACCCCCACUCCCCUUCCCUAAGCUUAGACAAUGUUUCCACAAAUAUUUCUAUAUCUGGAAAAUUCAAAUUUCAGUUCGACAUUAAAUGUUAAUAAAAGAAACACAUUGUGUCUCGUUCUUAAAGUCACUGUUGACUGUUUCAGUAUUAAACCAAGACCACAGUCUGUCCCUAACCUUAUCCAAAUGCUGCGAGUGCCUACACAUAAACAUAAAAAUGUCCAAUGGCAACUUUUCCUCAUUGUGUUGAUAAGAAAUGUAACCUAGGCAGCAUUACAUUUCUGUCAAAGCUUUUUUGAUGUGGUAAAUUAGCAUAAUUCCUAGUGUGACAGGUUUGUAAUACCAUCACUGCUCUUUCAAUUUAUCUUCACGGCAUUUCCGAGUCUUCCAUCUUCUCCUCUCCUCCUUCCAUCACCCUCCCUCUGUCCCCUCGCCCCUGUGGAGAGGGGCCUGUUGGACUGGAAGCUAAUUUGAAGCCAAUCAAUACUAGUCUCUGUUUCUUCCUGUGUGUGUCAGCCCAGUCCGGUGCCCUUGUCUAACUGCCGGCAGAGAAAGGGAGCAUCUGUUCGGUGACUAUCGCUCUCUGACUGUAAAUCUAUGGCAGCCACUAAACACCACUUCUCCAACCAUUGUACUGAGUGCAAAAGACUAUCUGAUUGAAUCCAAAUGAGAUUGAUUUGUAUGCCAAAUAGCCUUCUCAGUAACUUGAUUAACUGUAGGAAUGGCAUUUUAACUCAUGUUUGAGUUCUUUGUAUUGAUUUUUUUGCUUGAAAUAUAGGGAUUUUGCAUGUUGGUGGAAUGUGUGUACACACAGAUGCACUCUUAAGCAUACAAAUACAAACACAAACAGUGGCACAAUCACAAAUACGCAUGCAGCAGGUCCUUCACUCUGCCUGCAAGCAACAACACUGAUGUGCAGAUACUGAAUCAGCCCAAGAUAAAACCAGUCCCCUCCCUCUUCUCCCAGCCCCUUUCCUUAAACAGCCAAUGAGGACGCUGUCUAUUCAUGAGCAGGAGUAGAAGCAGGCAUGUGUAGGCAGCCUGCCACAGGAGGAGGUGUGUCUCCAUGAGCCAAAAGUGAGUGUGUGCGUAAGAGUGUGUGUUCACACUAAGAGAGGAGGUGGUGGAGAGUGGAGAGAGAGUGUAUGUAGGCAUGCAAGUGAGUAAUCAGGGGAAGGAGUGACAGGCAAGACGGAAAGAGAGAAGCCAGUUGCUUUUACUCAUUUUACUGCUGAUACACUCCUCGGAAACACACACACUGAAGGAACUGCAAGCACAACCUCUUCUAAAGCAGCGAACUGAUCCACGUGUGUAUGUGUUUUCUGGGCUCGGAGCGACUCUGAGGAUACACGGAUGAGAAAGAGGUGUGGGGGAGCCAAGGAAGAGGAGUCUGAGUGUGUUUUCGCCCCAGGGGGAGCUCACACACACCGCAGACAGCACACACACUCCAGCGGGCACUCAGCACUGUUUCCCUGACAACUAGAAUGGGCUGCAAUUUGUGCACCUUGCAGAAACGGGAGGAACACUACAAACUGCUGUAUGAGAUUGCACAGGUGAAUGCGCGUGACUUCUCCAAGGUCGACCAUGAGGAGGCAGUGGUGGAGGCCAUCAGACGAGACCCCAUCGUUGUCCAGGUCCUCCGGCGGACCCCCACCAGAGCCAAUGCUACUGUUGCACAUAACCACAGCGGUACACCACAGGAUGUGUGUGUGGUAGAUGUUUGCACACAAACAGACAUCACCUUCGAACACAUCAUGGCACUGGCGAAGCUUCGGCCUGCUACGCCUCCCGUCCCUGACAUCUGUCCUUUCCUUUUGUCUGAUAGUUGUCAUUCCAUCCACACCAUGGAACAUGAGUUUUAUGAAUGUCCAGAGUACCUGUCCAAUAACCCAGCAGAGGUGGAGAGGACUGAAGAGUAUGAGUAUGAGGAGGUGGAGCUGUAUAGGCAGAACAGCCAGGAGAAGCUUGGCUUGACACUGUGCUACAGGACAGACGAUGAGGAGGACACCGGCAUCUAUGUCAGCCAGGUGGAGCCAAACAGUAUAGCAGCAAGAGAUGGACGCAUCAAGGAAGGAGAUCGUAUUCUACAGAUAAAUGGCUGUGAAGUGCAAGACAGAGAGAAAGCUGUUGCCUUGUUGUCAAGUGAAGAAGCAAGGAGCAUCAUACUACUAGUGACAAGACCAGAAAUCCAGCUGGAGGAGGAGGUAUGGCUGGAUGACGAGCAACAGGAGCUUGUAGAGGAGCUGAAGAUGGAGGUCCUGGAGGAGAGGAGGAAGCACAAAGAACAUAACUUUGACGGGGGAGAUGAGCAUCAAGCUGAAGAAGAGAUGACAACAGACACAGCUACCUGUUCUUCCAACAAUCAAGACAAAGACAGUGGGUUUGGACGCAGUACAGACAGUCCAGAGCACCAACCCCUGCUAGCUAGACUCCACAAGAGGACCCCAACCCAUUGCCUGAGAGACAGAUGGUGGGCAGAUCAUCCACACACAAGACGAGAGGCCAUGGUGCAACAUGACACCCAGGGUCCGAGGACAUCGUCCAAAGGCCAAGGCCAUGAAGGGGUAGUCAGUAUGCGUAAUGGGGGAGGUGGGAUCCUAGGUUUAGAGAAUCACUUCGAGCAACUCUUGGAGCUGAAGUGUCAAAUCCGGAAUGGAAGCGAGUGUGGUGUGUACUCCAUUCGACACAGUAUAGAGUGUAGUCUCACUGAGCAAGGAGGAGGGGAUGGAGAUGGCAUAGAUGAUGGUGGAGGAGGGAAUGGAGUGGAGCAGGAGUUGAGGAUGCUAAAUGAGGAACUGCGCAGCAUUGAGCUCGAGUGCCAGAGCAUCAUGCAGGCGCAUCAGCUCCGCCAGACCCACCAGCUGGACCCCUCACAACCCACGUCCUGCUCACCAGGACACAAACGUCAUGGCAGGUUGGCCGAUAUCCACGAAUAUCCAGAGAGGUCCGACAGCGAUAAGAUCAGAGAGAAAGACAGCUCCAGUGCCUACAACACGGCGGAGAGUGCACGGUCGACACCACUGGGUAUGGAGAGAUCUCCUGAUCAUUCUCUGCAGAGACGCAUCAGCAUCACCAACCAGAAAAACCUCAGACAGGCCUCCUCUGCACCCUCUAGCCCCAUCCCUAUCCCCAAGCCCCAGGGUACACCCAGUCGUAGCAGGCCAGCAGACCCAGGCUCUGUCAUCUCCAGUAGCCCAGACCAGAGCAACCCUUCCCGGUCUGAGUCAGACCCUGCCCUGCCUGCAGACGAUGAGAGGUGUGAGAAGAAAGGGAGGACCAAAGAUUCCCGGAGGGGGCUUCCCUAUGGUUCUUUAUAUCAGACAACCCCCUAUCAAGGCCAGGGAGGAUCCAGGCAACUUCAGAGCUACGUGCACCUGCUACAACAGCACUCAUCCCUGGAGUAUUCUCAGAGCCAGCUGAGUCUGCUCAGCGUCUGUCGAGAUCCUGUGCACCGGAACGGACGCCCUGGGGAACCCCGUCUAGAGUGGAAGGUCAAAGUUCGUGCUGACGGCACACGCUACGUGGCCCGGAGGCCUGCUCGUGACCGCAUUUUACGGGAGCGGGCACUAAGGAUCCGAGAGGAGAGGAGCGGAGGCAUGACUACAGAUGACGAUGCUAUGAGUGAGAUGAAGAUGGGCCGCUACUGGAGCAAAGAGGAGAGGAAGCAGCACUUGGCACGGGCCAGGGAGCAAAGGAAGAGGAGGGAGUUCAUGCAAAAGAGCCGCCUCGAGUGUCUAAAGGAGGGGCCAGGCAGUGGAGCUGAGGGCAAGAAGGAGAUCAAUAUCUUGGAGCUCAGUCACAAAAAGAUGAUGAAGAAACGCAACAAAAAGAUCCUGGAUAACUGGAUGACCAUCCAGGAGCUGAUGAGCCAUGGGGCUAGAAUCCCAGAAGGUUCCAAAGUACAUAACGCCUUCCUGUCGGUCACAACUGUCUAGCGGACACAUACAGUACCACUUAUUUUCAAGUACUGAACACUUUAGUAUCAUGUAGUCUGCGUUUCAGGAACUACUGCUUUAUGUAAAAAAAAGUGUCAGUUGGUGAAAUACAUAAACUGCUGAGGAUGUCUGUAGCAUCCCUUAGGCAACUUUGUAACCAUCGCUUUAAGAAUAUUGGAAUAGUUCUUUAACUAUCAUUACAAGACCUCAGCCAUUCAAAACGUGAUUUUUCACUGUUUUUACACUGGCUUUUUGGUAAUGCACUGGCUUCUGAUAGCAGAUGAUUUUGGUAGCAUAUUGGUUCAAACAGACACAAAAAAGUGAAGAACCAACACAUUAACUUCAUGUAUACUAUGUAUUAUGUCUUUAUAUUCUCCUCUCUUAUGUUUAAUUGCAUAUGAAGCGACUUCUUGCCUCGUUCAAAGUGGCAUUUUUUAUAAAGGGGAAAAUACAAUAUUUUUCACACUUUGUAAACUCAGUAACUUUUUGUAAGGGAUUUUUUUACACUGGAUGUCAAUGUACUGUAAACAUUUUAUUGUCUUAUUUAUCUUCGUAUCACCAAAUCAUCGAGGUAAGAGUUGACACUAUUUGAUUGUACUGUAUGUAUUCUGGACCAGAGAGAAACUUGAAAUCCCUGAAGGACAGCUCAACUCAAAACACUCCUUUCAUUGUCAUUAGAGUUUGAGUCAUCUGAAAAAAAUAAACCAUUCAAUUUAAAGCACUGAAAAUAUCAUUAUGCUAUCUCAAAUGCUCAUAUUAUUCAUGAGCUGCGAGUGCUUUUUGCGACAUUUUUACCUCAACUUACAGUCAAAACUCUGAUCUAUCAAGUGGUUGAAUGAACUAGGUUAAUUCAAACACUGACUUAAGUUUCCCUUGAGUCAACCCUUACUAUAAAUCAUAAAUGUGUCAAUUAUGUUUAAAAUAUUAAAUAGAUUCAUAUUUAUAUUGUUUACUGUUAUUUCUAUUUAUUAUAAAUUAAUUUUUAUGGUCCGUCUGAUAAAUGUUUGACAUUAAGUGGCGACCCUUGAAAGGCCAAUACAAGGUGCUGUCAAGAAAAUGUAUCAUAUUGAAGCCUUUCAACUCAAACCUGCCACUUUUCACUGUAAAGUUUAUUAAAGAGGCCUUGAGUUAUGUAUUUGUUGAUGGUAAUAUUUGUAAUAAACCAAUGACAAUAAAAAUGAU